CAGGCAGACAGCCUUUCCAAUAUGGCGGCGCCAAGCAACGCAGAACAAACGCAGUUGCAAGAUAUGGAAGAAGACGAAGCAGGAAUGGAGGAGAGAGAGAUGGAAUCGGACGAAGAAGAAGAGGAAGGAAUGGGUGUGGAAAAUUCAGACGACGAAGAUGACGACUCGUCGGAGGACGAGAAAGAAAAUGAAGCCGAAAUCCAGCGGUUGGAGGAGCAGCUCUCGAUCAAUGCGUUUGACUACAACUGCCACGUGGAUCUCAUCAAACUUCUGAAGCAGGAGGGAGAACUUCUGCGUCUACGAAAGGCGAGGCAGAAGAUGAGCGAGCUCUUCCCUCUCACUGAAGAGAUCUGGCUGGACUGGCUCAAAGAUGAGAUUCGGCUGACCGAGGAGGAUUCAAACAGAGAGAAAGUGUAUGAGCUCUUUGAGCGAGCUGUGAAAGACUAUAUCUGUCCAGACAUUUGGCUUGAAUAUGCCCAGUACUCCAUUGGUGGCAUGGGGUCUCCAGGUGGGAUGGACAAGGUGAGGGCCAUCUUUGAGAGAGCGGUAACAGCUGUGGGACUGCACAUGACCAAGGGACAUAUGCUGUGGGAGGCUUACAGAGAGUUUGAGAACGCAAUUUUGUCCACAGUGCAGCCGCCUCCUGCCAGGAUUCCCAGCCGCGAGGAGCAGGAGCUGCUCAGCCGUCAGCUYGAGCGGAUCCACACGCUGUUCCGCCGCCAGCUGGCUGUUCCUCUAAUCGACAUGGAAGCCACCUAUGCCGAAUACGAGGAGUGGUCUGAAAACGGGGUCCCUGAAACUGUUACACAUCAGUAUAGAAAGGCUCUGCAGCAGAUGGAAAAGUGCAAAUUUUGUGAAGAAGCUCUGCUAGUAUCAGAACCGCCUAAGCUGGCAGAAUAUCAGGCCUACAUCGACUUUGAACUAAAAGAGGGUGACCCAGCACGGAUCCAGAUAACCUUUGAGCGGGCCCUGGCGGAGAACUGCCUGGUACCAGACAUGUGGACCAAAUACACCACGUAUCUUGACCGUCAGCUGAAGGUCAAAGACUUGGUUCUGUCCACUCAUGAGCGAGCUGUCAGGAACUGUCCCUGGACCAUGAGUCUGUGGAAGGGCUACCUGCUGGCUCUGGAGAGACACGGAGCUGACCAUCACACUGUGUCAGAUGUUUUUGAGAAGGCGUUGAAUGCAGGCUUUAUUCAAGCGACGGAUUAUGUAGAAAUCUGGCAGGCUUUCCUCGACUACCUGAGGAGACGUGUGGAUUUCAGUAAAGAAUCAAGUAAAGAGUUAGAAGAGUUGCGAGCAGCUUUCUCUCGGUCUCUGGACUACAUGAAACAAGACGUCGAAGAAAGGUUUGGUGAAAGUGGAGAUCCCUCUUGUGUCAUCAUGCAGAUUUGGGCAAGGAUAGAGGCCCGCCACUGCAAGAACAUGCAAAAAGCCAGAGAACUGUGGGAUAACAUCAUGACCAAAGGGAACGCCAAAUAUGCCAACAUGUGGUUGGAAUACUACAACUUGGAAAGGGCUUAUGGAGACACUGUUCACUGCAGAAAGGCUCUUCACCGAGCUGUGCAGUGCACCUCAGACUACCCAGAACACGUCUGUGAAGUCCUGCUGACCUUUGAGAGGGUAGAAGGUUCUUUGGAGGACUGGGAUGUGGCGGUGCAAAAAACAGAAACAAAGCUGAACAGAAUUAAUGAACAGCGAACAAAGGCGGCCGAGAAGGAAGCCAACUUGGCACGCCAGGAGGAGGAGAGGAUUGAGCAGCGGCGGAAGUCCAAAUCUGACAAGAAGGCUCAGAAGAAGACCCAGAAGGGGAUUCGAGCUGGGGAAAAGAGAAAAGCUGAACAAGAUCAUAAUCAGGAUGAGUGGAACAAGGACUCUGUUCCUAAAAGGCACAAGCCAGAUGGUGACAAUGCUACAGACGAGUACAUGGAGACAGAGACUGGACUUUUUGGGAGGAAUGCUCCUCCUGGAUAUAAACCUGCUUCAGGUGGCACCAAAACCCCCCAGCAGGGUCCUGCGGCCCCCACUCAGAGGCAGAACGAUGACAGGCCAGAGCUGCGAGACGACGGCUCCAGUGUGUUCAUCAGCAACCUGACGUACACCCUGGAGGAGCCCGAGGCGAAGCUGAAGGCUCUGUUUGAGAGCUGCGGGCCCAUCAAACAGAUUCGACCCGUCUUCAGCAACAAAGGGAGCUUCAAAGGUUACGGCUACGUGCAGUUUGAGUCUGCAGCGUCGGUCCCCCAAGCUCUGAAACUGGACAGACAGGAAGUGGAGGGCAGGCCCAUGUUUGUGUCUCCUUGUGUGGACAAAAACAAAAAUCCUGACUUUAAGGUGUUUAAAUACAACACUUCGAUCGAAAGACACAAAAUCUUCAUCUCUGGGCUGCCGUUCUCCUGCACCAAAGAGCAGCUGGAGGAACUCUGCAAAGGUUACGGCACCAUCAAGGACGUUCGCCUCGUCACGUAUCGCUCAGGAAAACCUAAGGGUCUGGCCUAUGUUGAGUUUGCAGAUGAAGCACAGGCGUCUCAGGCAGUGCAGAAAAUGGAUGGCAUCGAUGUGGAGGGCAACAAAAUCUCUGUUGCUAUCAGUAACCCGCCACGUAGGACCCCGAUGGAGAAGGCUGGUUCCAGCAGGGCCACGGCAGACUUGAUGCCUCGCCAGGUGUAUGGAGCGAGAGGCAAAGGUCGCACUCAGCUGUCUUUGCUUCCUCGCUCCCUUCAUCGUCAAACCACGCCCGCAGGCAAAGUGGAGAACGGGACGGCGGCCGAGCGGGGGUCUGCGUCAGUCAGCUCGGAGGAGCAGGCAGCCGGAGAGUCCAGAUCUUUGUCAAAUUCAGACUUUGCCAAGAUGCUUCUGAACAAGUGAGCGGAGACGAGCCCCCGCCYUCCCACUGAAAGCCAUCCUGUGUCCUUACAACAAACUAGUGUUGGUGAUGUCAUCAUUUACCUGACAGGACCUUUAAUCUCAGUCACACUCUUCUCAUGAUCYGUUCUGCAAGAUUGCCUUAACCGCCAUCCUCCUGCCCCCCCAUCACCCCCCUAAUACUUACUCCCAGUGUGACAGGUUGUUUUAUAUAAAAAAAAAAACUGUACCAUAUUUGUGUGUAAAUACUGGAAGUUGUUGGUCUUUAUGUUUUCUGAGUUUUGUUGUGCGCUGUUAAAGGGAUCCAACAGACGAUUACACAAGAGUAUUUUUCUUUUAAUAUUCAAAACAGCCAAACUUGUGAAUGUUGUUUUAAAAAAAGUGUAUAUGCAAAAGCUCUGAUCUGGUGUAUUAUAGUUGCUGUGUGUACAUAAUGUGGAUGUGCUGCAGUGAUGAAAACAUGUCCUCUGGCUCUUUUAAUGGAAUUAGGGAGUUUUUUCUUUUUGUUGUUGUGUAACAUGUAGAGAUCUGAGGACACACCACACCAGACUAGCCAUGAGGUUUAUUUGACAUGAUUCUAUAGUUCUACAUGGUAAAAUUAAAAUUAUCUGCCAUAUAUGACCAUUAUGUUACUAAGGAUUACAGCUGAAUGAUACUUUGGUCAACUGGAUUUAUUUUUUGUACGAGCUGCCAACAUUUUUUUUAUUCAUACUAAAUUGUUCCAAUAAUA